GUUCUCGGCUUCCUUAAAACAUGUCUGACGUAGAAAAUGAUGAUGUGCCAUCUGCGAUGGCAGCGGGCGGCAGUAUGGAUGUUAAUACUGCAUUACAAGAAGUUUUGAAAAACUCCCUCAUUCAUGAUGGUGUUGUACAUGGUCUUCAUGAAGCUGCCAAAGCUUUAGACAAAAGACAAGCCAUGCUUUGCAUUUUGGCAGACAAUUGUGACGAACCAAUGUACAAGAAAUUAGUUCAAGCAUUAUGUAAUGAGCAUCAAAUUCCACUAAUAAAGGUAGAUAAUAACAAAAAGUUAGGAGAAUGGGCUGGCUUAUGUAAAAUUGACAGCGCAGGCAAAGCACGUAAAGUAGUUGGCUGCUCAUGUGUCGUCAUAAAGGAUUUUGGGGAAGAUACACCUGCCAAGGAUGUUCUAAUGGAAUACCUUAAACAAAGCGCUGUACAUUAAACAUUUUUUAAUAAAAUAUUUGACAUAAAUUAAUACAAA